AUGUCUGAAAAGCCUAUCCAGAAGACGGCUGUAAGGUUCUUUCAGAAAAUUCACAUAAGUCUUUUAUGCCCACCACCCCACAGAUUUUUUUACCCUAUUCAUUUUUUUUUAUUCUACUUUUUAUUCUGUAUCUUUCUUUUGGAUAACUUCAUUGCUUCUUUCUUGAUUCUUUCUAGGAGUCUAUUCGUCAAUUGCUAUUUCUUUAUCAUUCAAAAACAUCCAUCUUCUUUGCUCCAAAUCACUGUCACAAGCCGCCCGCUCGUUCAGUGUUCCUCACUUUCUUCUGUUCAUAUCUAUCUAUCUAUCUACCUAUCUAUCUAUCUAUCUAUCUAUCUCAGCCCAUUCUAUCUAUCUAUCUAUCUAUCUAUCUAUCGUAGUCCAUUCAUAUCUAUCCAUCUAUCAAUGUUUAUCUAUCUAUCUAUCUAUCUAUCUAUCUAUCUAUCUAUCUCUCUCUCUCUCUCUCUCUCUAUAUAUAUAUAUAUAUAUAUAUAUAUAUAUAUAUGUGAAUUCACAUACAUUUGCGCAUCACUCUAUCUCUCUAUCUAUCUAUCUAUCUAUCUAUCUAUCUAUCAUCUGUCUGUUUAUCUAUCUCUCUCAGUCCGUUUUCAUCUGUUUCAGUCUGUUCCUAUGUAUACAUUUUUUUAA